UUUGGGGCUGUGCUGUGCCUGACAGGGUCCCAGGCCCUGCAGUGCCACAGCUUUGAGCACAUCUACUUUGGGCCUUUCGACCUCAGUGCCAUGAAGUUCUCCAGCGUCUCCUGUCCCCAGGGAUGCUCUGAGAUCGUCCUGUCGCUGGACACUGGGUAUCGCGCGCCGGUGACCUUGGUGCAGAAGGGCUGCUGGACAGGCCCGACCACAGGGCCCAUGCAAUCCAAGCAGGACGCGCUGCCACCCGACUACGCGGUGGUGCGGGGUUGCGCGACCGACUUUUGCAACUCGGACCUCAGGACGCACGACGCCCUCCCCAACCUAAGUCAAGCGCCUGACCCACCCACGCUCAGCGGCACAGAGUGCUACGCCUGCCUGGGGGUCCACCCGGAGGACUGCACCCCCGAAAAGGCCCGACGGGUCCAGUGUCACCAGGAUCAGAGUGCCUGUUUCCAGGGCAACGGCCGGAUGAACAUUGGCAAUUUCUCAGUCCCCGUGUACAUCAGGACCUGCCACCGGCCCUCUUGCACCACCAUGGGCACCACCAGCCCCUGGACAGCCGUCAACCUCCAGGGCUCCUGCUGUCAGGGUCAUCUCUGCAACAGGAACCCCAUGACCCAGUCCUUCAUCACCAGCGCAGCCCCGGCCUCUCUCCGGGUGCCCCACACCCUGGCCCUAUUCCUGGUGGCUCCUCUGCUGGCCCUGGUCAUGGGAGGACCCCUCAGGCUCUCUCCAUAG